AUGUCCAUAAUCUCCUCUCCCUUCCCUUCCUGCUUCCGCCUAUCCAAAACCACCAACGACGACCACCACCACCCGCCGCCGCUCUCCACCAACCCCAACCUCACCACCUACAUCUACGACACCGACGCAGGCACCGUUUCCCUCACAUGGUCCCGCUCCAUUUUGGGUCGCUCCUUUCACAUUCACCUCCCAUUUUACUCCUCCUUCCACCUCCACAUCAAGCCCUUCCUUUUCUGGAACAACCACGGAUCCAAGAAGCUUUCCCACAACACCCUCAUCUUCUGGAACCUUUCCAACGCCAGGUUCGGCUCCGGACCCGAACCUCACUCCAGCUUCUACGUUGCCGUCGUCGUUGACAACAAGUUGAUCCUUCUCGUCGGAGAUAUCUCCACCAACGACGCGCACGCCAAGUGCAAAGCCCAAGAGCCCAAUAACCGCCAACUCCUCGUGCUGAAAAGGGAACACGUUGACGUGGCAGCACAUCAAAGAGUCGUGUACACCACGAGAACUCGGUCGCGUGGGAGAGAGAUAGAGAUAGAGAUAGAGAUAGAUUCGGUUAGUUACGAUAACAACUCGAGGCUGUUGUUCUGUGUGGACGGGGAAAAGGUGUUGGAGGUUAAGAUGUUGAAGUGGAAAUUCAGAGGGAAUGAGAGAGUUGAAGUUGACGGGGUUUCCCUUCAGAUCUCGUGGGACGUGUGCAAUUGGCUUUUCGAAAACGACAACAAUAAUAACAGAAACGGCCACGCGGUUUUCAUGUUCAAGUUCGAGGAAGACGAGGUACGAGGUAAGAGCUGGUCAGUGUCGUCUUGCGCAGGGUCUUUUGGUGGAAGUUCCUCUGUGAUGGAAUGGUCUAGUGUGGAGGAGAAUGAGUUGGUGGUUCCGCUUGGGUUUUCUUUGCUUGUUUAUGCCUCGAAAAGGUGA